AUGGCCAACUUGAAUGACCCUGGCCCUCUGGGACUUGAGAGUUAUGUCAUCCAAGAUUCAAGUCUGACAGCUUCCAGUGAGUAUAAUGCUGACCAUGGUGCAAAGAGAGGUCGUCUUAACCUGGCCCGAGUCGGUAACCUGCGUGGAGCCUGGUCUGCACUAACAAACAAUGCCAACCAGUGGAUCCAGGUGGAUCUUUUGGACCUUUACCGUGUCAUUUCAGUUGCGACUCAAGGGCGAGAAGAUUUAAGCCAGUGGGUUACAAGCUACAAGCUUGCUUGUAGUACUGAUGGCACGAUCUUUCACACCGUGCAGGGAAUUUCUACAAAUCCUGGAGCUGACAGGAUCUUCACCGGUAAUGUUGACCGCAACACCAUCGUGACCAACACUCUUCCUGUGCCCCAGAUUUGCCGUUAUGUUCGCUUGAUGCCUGUCAGCUGGUUAGGCCACAUCAGUCUUCGAAUGGAGAUCUACGGUGAAGGCCCUCUCACAGCCAACUUGAAUGACCCUGACCCUCUGGGACUUGAGAGUUAUGUCAUCCCAGAUUCACUGUACCAUCUCCUUUGAUUAUUAAAACACCUAGAUUCGCA